AUGAUCGACACGCUGCCUUUCCCCAUGAACAACGUUGUCCUCUUAAUACUCGGUGCAGGCUGGUCCUCCGACUUUCUCAUCCCUCUUCUUAUUCAAAACAAUGUAGAAUAUGCUGCCACUACUCGUGAUGGACGUACACGCUCUGGGUAUGAAACAAUCAAAUUUGAUUUCGACCCAGACUCGGAGGAUCCGACAUCAUUCCAAAGUCUCCCUGAUGCUCAGACCGUUCUCAUAACGUUCCCAAUUUAUAAAAGCGGAGUAUCGAGACUUUUAGUGAAACUAUGGAAAGAAACACACCCCAAAUCCAAAUCCGCAUUUAUUCAACUUGGUUCAACCGGAAUAUGGAACGGUGACCAAACGCUCAGAGGUACCGGACGUCCGAUCUGGUGCGACAGACACAGUCCAUUCAAUACAUCGAACGAUCGGGCUCGUGCAGAGUCUGAACUGUUAGCACUUGCUCCGACUACUCCAACAACUGUGCUGGACUUGAGUGGUCUUUGGGGAGGUCAGAGGAGCCCUAGAAACUGGGUUCGACGCGUAGCGUCUAGCAAAGAGGAUCUAUCCCGAAAGAGAAACAUCCAUCUCAUCCAUGGCAUCGAUGUUGCUCGAGCAGUACUUGCUGUGCACCAGAAUUUCGCUGCCGCAUCCGGACAACGUUGGCUUCUGACAGAUUGCAGAGUUUAUGACUGGUGGGACUUAGCGUCCGCAUGGGGUGAAGGAUCCACAGGCACCUUGUCUGAGGUGGCAUUGUCCUCUCCCGAAGUUCUUGGACCGCAACCAGGAUGGGUAAGGGAAUUGAUGGCUGAGGCAGGCAUACACGCACUUCCACGUCCACCAAGUUCUUUCGAUCGGGCAUUAGACAGCCGUGAAUUCUGGGAUACAUUCGGGCUUAGCCCAAUCAAGACGCUAUUGUCUCCUUGA